AUGCUAUCAAAAUGUUCUUAACUCUCAUUUUUAGAACUUAAUUUAUAGAAGAAUUAAAUUUAAGACUUGGGAUUAUCAAAUUUAGUAGAAGGAAUAGCUAAACUCACAAAUCUUUCUACCUUGAAUAUGAUUUUAGGAUAGACUUAAAUUAGUGACUAUGGAUUAUCAAAUUUAGGUACUUAAUUAGGAAAAUGCACUAAUCUAUCUGUCCUUAAACUGACUUUAACUGGAAAUAAUAUAAGAGAUAUCGGAAUUUCAGGCUUAGGUUUUGGAUUAGCAAAUUGCAUAUUACUUACUCAAUUAAAAAUUUGUUUAGCAUUGAAUAAAAUUGAAUCUUUUGGCACAUCUGAUUUUGCUUGUGGAUUAACAAAAUGCACAAAUAUUUCGACUUUGGAGCUAAAUUUGCAUGGAAAUAACAUUUAAGAUAAAGGAACAUAGGGCUUGAGCUCAGAAAUAGCUAAAUGCAGUAAUCUAUCACAUUUAAAACUCAAUUUAGCUUUCAAUAAUAUCUUUCAAGCUGGUGCUUCAGAUUUAGGAUAAGGAUUAUCAAAAUUAACAAAUCUAUCAACUCUAAUACUUAAUUUAGAUUAGAAUAAAAUUCAUAAUGCAGGCUUGUCAGAAUUAUGUUCAGGAUUAGAAAAAUGCAUCAACCUUUCUAAUUUUGUAAUCAAAUUGGCAGUAAAUGAGAUUAGUGAUUAGGGUGCUUCUAACUUAGGUUUACUAAUGUCGAAAUUAAUUCAUAUCUAAAAUUUAGAAAUAGAUUUGUUAUUUAAUUAAAUUGGUGAAUAAGGUGUUUCUGAUUUAAUGUCUGGAUUAGUCUAAUGUACCAAGCUAUAGCAUCUACUAAUUGAUUUAGGAAUUCGUGAUACAAGUGUUCUUUUAUUAGGUCAAUAUUUACCUAAAUUUGUUUAUCUUUAAACUCUGUAUCUUGAUUUAAGGCUAGCUUGUUAUUAUCUUUAUUAUAAACGAGUUCAAUCAGAAAGUGAUUCAGAAGAGAAUUUAGAAGAUGAAGAUGAAGAUGAAGAAGAAGAAGAAGAAGAAGAAGAAGAAAAAGAUAGUGAAGAAAAUGAAGAAUAGGUAUAAAGUGAAGAAGAAAUUGAAAAAUAUGAUAGCUAAGAAGAAUAUGAUGAUGGAAGUCUUAAAAAAAUUGAAGUAAUAGGAAAAAAAGACAAUUAUGAUGAAGUAUUGUAGAAUAAAAGAUGCUUAAUGUAUGUUGCUAAUAAAUUUUAAAACGAUUUACCAUAAAAUGAUAUUUUUUAAUAUUAGGGAUGA